AUGGCCAAUAUUGAUGAACCGAUCUAUGUGGCAUGUCGACGAGCACUUGGAUUGGAUGGUUCAAGUGAGAUUAGCGGUUUACUAUCGAAUGUUCAAGAUAUUGAAGUGUUAACUGAUCAUGUUAUCAAUGUUGUACAAGCAAAAAUGCGUGAGCAAAAUUCAAUUAGAGAUGUGGCUAUAUUUGUGCGUCCAUUUGUGGAAUUAUUUAUGGACUCGACGAAUGCACCUCGAAUGUAUACAGUUAAUAAACUAUUGAAGAAAAUGGUGGAGUUUCAUCCGCCAUUAGCCAAACCAUUUGCCGAGGGUAUUUUGCAACAUCCACGAAUGAAUUUUGCUCUACCAGCCUUGAUAUGGAAUUCGGCUAUGGAUCUUCUACAAUUUCUCGUGCGCUUUCCAGAUUAUAAAGGUAUUCGUGACAUUUUCAAGUUGUUACUAGAAAAAGUGCAGAUGCUCAUGUCACAUACGCCAAUACAAGAUAUUGAAAAAGUUUUUAAGUUCUAUACACUUGUUGCUCUUAUUAUGAAUCCCGAUAAUAAUCUGCAACUGAGUUACUUCAUACAGAACGAAAUCAAACAAACGUUGCCUUGGGGUAAACCUGAGAGUCCAUAUCCACCCUGCUUUUCAAGUUUAUUAUUGAAAUUUAUCGACUCAUUCCGUCCAACAGCUCAGCUAGUGUCUAUUACCGGCCGUGAUAUGCUCUAUCCUAUUGUUGGUUAUUCGAAUUAUGCAUCGAUUUUAUGGCGUUUACAUUUCGUGAAAUUGAAAUUUCAUCAAACAGCUCCAUUACCAUUUGAUAGAGCACAAGUUCAACCGCAAACGGAGUUAUUCUGCUAUGUUAUUAAACAAUUGAAUUCUCGUGAUCUCGCAUUUAGUUUAGUUGGCAUUGCACGAAAUAUAAAACAACGAAUCACAGCAAUCGAAGAAUCACUAGCUGACUUGUUAAUAUGGAAUAUAUUUGAAACAAAUAAAAGUCAAGAUUUUGAAGGUCAAUUACAUUUAUGGACUGUUACAGCACAUAUUGUCCUCGUUUAUGUCCAAAAUGUUUGCGUAACUUUAAGUGGCAUCCUUAAUACAAUCAAUAUCAAGGUUGCAUCGUUCCCUGGACCUGUCUUUGGAGUCGGUCGAGAUUGGCUUAUGUGGUUGAUUGGACAAAUGCUUUGUCAUAUAUUGUACAAAAGCCAAGGCAAACCAACUUGGUCCGAUUAUUUAAUAUUACUUGAUCUCAUACGAAUACUCUAUCCCGAUGCUCAAUCAUUACCCGAACCUGACUAUCGUGAAUUCCUAUCGGUUGUGUCGAUGGCAGCAGCAUCAAAUUGGUAUUUUCUCACGACACGAGUCAUACCAGCCAUCGCUGCAUCGUCUCCAACAGUAUCAUUGCCACAGCAUCAAACCCCUGUUGCACUGCAAAUGCAUAUUGAAGCGUUGAAGUCCUUUGAAGAUCGCAAAUUAUCAUCUAUUGACGAUUAUCGAUUUUACAUUGCUUGGAACCUUGUUGGUAAUGAUGCGAAAGCCAAUUCACCUUACAUAGAUACUCUUUUCAAAAUUUAUAUUCUCAACUCUUCGCAAUCCAUUCCAUCAAGCCAUAUCAGUCACAAUGUUUUCGGACCGUCGGAAGGUAUUCCGUAUCGAUCAUUGGAUGCGAUGAGUGCACAUGUCAAAUGUCUAAUCGCCAAGCAGUACUAUCAAGAAAUCAUCUUAAAAAAUUUGUACAACGCAACUCAAUGGGCGGCAGUUUCACCGGGUGGCGUGGAAUCUUUCGCACGCUUGUUAGCUUAUCCAGAAGUGGAACAAGAUCGAUUGAAAGAAUUACUAAACCUAACCGAAGCUAUUAUUGGCAAGAAUUGGUAUUUAGGUGCACAUUUACUGGCAGAACUAUUUACAUUUCGACUUCAUCGCAUUCCAACGUCAAUACGCGCACAGCUUUUACAGCAAUUCUCAGGAAUAUUGGUAUCACCACAGCAUGCAGGCCAUCCACAGUUGUAUUGCGCAAUACAAAAUCUUCUACUCAAUCUUAUUCUUCAAUUCAAUUGCACGGAUCUCUUUAAUCAAGUGCCAAAGCUAAUCGAUUCGAAAAUGUUACAAUCAGUUUUUACGAAAGAAUCAGAAGAAAUCAAUAAAGUUUUCAUUUUAUGCAUCGCUCGAUCCUUUAUCAUAACAGGUUCUGAAUCUAUGCCUGUUCCUUGGUGUACAGACUUUUUAACUCAUAUCAUGCAAAUCACACCACACGGUUGGUCAGCAUCAACAUUAGAAGCUAUGCCGAGUUUCAUGGCUGAAUGGUAUCGAGCGCAUCAAAUCAGCGAUGCCUAUCGAGAUAUACGAGCACGUGUUGAUGAUGAUUAUAAAAAACUCACUAAUUCAGCAUCACUGGCAAACGAACAAGAAAUUGUCAAACAUUUUAGCCAACCGAAUAACACAACUUGCUUCUGCGUAUUUCUUAAACUAACUAUUGAAGAUCGUCCAUUACGUUCAUAUAUCAAUACGUUCUAUGAAAUAUUCAAAAACCUUUUGACACGUUCAAUGAAUGCGCAUUAUCGUACAUUAGCAGAAUAUAUCCUACGUGAAAUAACUCUACAACAAAAUCAUAGUCAAACGUUUAUGCAGAAAUACGCCGAUGCAGUUGUAAACAUGGCAACACGUUAUAAUAUUAUUCAACUUGAUCGACUUUUGUUGAUUCUAUUUCUUCGACCAUUGGAUGAAGCCAAAACACCCUAUGUGCACAUUCUGUUCUAUUUCAUGAUUAAUUCAAGUGCUUUAUCAGAGAUUAUCAAAGAUUUUGGUAACAUUGCAAGAAGUAUAUCCGGUGAUAUUUGGAGUAUGAAAAAUUUCCAUGAAAAAUUCCAUUGUGAAUACCACAAGAAAAACAUCGAGCGUUUCUUUAUGGAAGGCCUUAUCAAGGAUUAUUUACAACCAUCGAUGGAACGCUGUUUACCAACUUAUUACAGCAAUAUGUGUCUUCGUCUUCUACCUAUCUUUGAAUUAAUCAUCAGUCGAAUGUUUGAACACAUGCCCAACGCACGUAUUGUGGAUACGGUCUUACCAAUUGCUCAAAAUCUCUUUCGUGCGCAUGCUGCACCGGUGACAUUUUUGUAUAAUACUUUGUUUGUUUAUGAGAAAAAACUGCGCGAAAAGUUCAACUUUCGUCAAUCAUUAAUCGUCGGCACACUCGGAAAUAUCUACCAUAUGCGCAAGAUGGAAUGGUGUUUUUCCAAUAAUUUUACUUCUUAUAUCGAAAAUCAUCUUCGUGUCGAUGGCGAAAAACGUCAACUACCAUCACCUGUUUUCAAUUCACGUUAUGCCAUUGAUCUUCUGCAUAAACUUGUGGAUGCUAUCUAUGAGAAAAGCUCCUACGAGUACAACAUCGAUUGGCGUUAUAAUGAAUUCGCAAAUCCAUCGUUACAAUUGAUUCACUGCCUAGCAGUUGAAAUCUUUUUUUAUACUGGUCAAGAAAAUUUCAAUCCGUGGAAAUUAUUCGCAGAGCCAUUUAUAUCUGCCGAUAGUUUGAUACCUCGGGCACAUUAUCUGAAAUAUCUCAACACCAUGGGUCUUCUCUUUUCUGCCUUACCAGAAUACUAUUGGUCGCAUUUAUUUGAACGCAUGUGCCAAAUAUUUGAGCAUCCACUCCUAUUACGUUGUUCGCCAACUGACAUUAUGGAUUUACUUAACUUUCGGGAACGAUUUUGUACACAUACAGAAAAUAUGGUAUGCUGUUUCGUGGCUGUCGUUCAUUCAAUUUGGCUACAUGGUAGCAUCAGUCAUUUGCAACCAUUUCUAAGCCUAGUUCAAGUUCGACUUUCGCAAACAAUCAAAACUGAAAAUCAACUUCUCUUAGCAUUUCAAUUGAUUGGACCAUUUCUCCAACGUAUUCAAACUGAAUCGACAAAAUUAUUACUUGAGUUUGUUAUCGUUCCAUACGACCUCAUUGCACGCGUUGAUGUUCAUCAACAGGCGUUUGUGAAUGUGGAUACCAUCGCUAACUUUCUCUAUCAUAUCAAAUAUAUCGUUGUUGGUGACGCAAUACGUGACCGAAUUGAAACAGUCGUGAAUAAUCUUCAUUGCGAAAAGCUUCGAUCACGCCUUCACUUUCUUUGUGCCAAGACGGAUGUCUCAUCCACCAUUCAUUCUCAAGGACCAGCCUCGGCAGCCACACCUUCAUCCGCAUCCAAUGUGGAUCCGUCAAGUGUCAACGCACCGACACAUGGACAAUUGAAAUCCGGUACAUCUACAAUGCAAAUGCAGUACACGACAGCUGCAAUGCAAGCACCACCUUAUGGCACAUCACCCCAAAAUAUUCAACAACAUUUCCAACUAACAACUGGCGCUACUUGCGGAAUGGGACCGGAUGGAAAUCCGGCGCAACAACGUUAA